AUGGGAAACGCGGAGACAUCCAUCUCCUUUCCACAUUGCUGCUCGGGGAGGUGGAUGCGGGUGGGUGCGUUGCACUCUCCCUCCACCGAACAGGCUCGUUGCGACGACACGGUUCGAGGUCGUUUCAAAACAUCGCAGACAACCUCUUAUGCGUGGGGAAGGGGCGAGAAAGGCGAUUCGGAUGGGGGAUUUCGUUGCUGCUUUGAGUGCGACGACAAUCGGCAAUCAAGACCUCUUGUGGCAAAAAAAGUCCUCUGUCCGGAUCAGCUCCACCUGAACCCACCUGCAUCCACCUGCUUAUCCUGCCGCAUGCCGGAGCGUGCCGGAGAUUUCAUCCCGAUUCGGUACGAAGCGGGAAUUCCCCCUCCCACGACCGUGACUGAUUUCCGCCAAAAAAAGUCGCCAAUAAUGCGAAUGAACGUGAAUCAUCGGUUCACGGAGUCCAGCGGGAUUUCCCCCCCCCCCCGAUUCACACCGAAAUCCAAAAACGUGCGGGUGAAUAUGGAACCUCGGAGGACUUCCGUGUCGCGGCACAUCCGGCCCUCCCCCUCCCCCUUUAAAUCCGGGCUCCGGCCCCGGCCCGUCACCAAUCCCGCCAUGAAGUCCCAACUCGGCGCAGCUCUGCUUCUCGGUCUCGUCCUCGUCGGGGUCCACGCCGACGGAGACGGAGAUGAACUACUGGAUGAAGCGAGAUGCUUAGGAGGCCGGAUCACUUCUCUGGGCCGGAAUUCCCUCCGCAGCGCGCGGACGACCUGCCUCCUGGCGACGACCACGACGACGACCACGGCGAACCCGAACGGCGACUCCGUCCUGAGCGCGCACCUGCAGCGGGAGAUCCUCGAGCUCUAUCACGAACUCUCGGAGUCCAACAACACCGCCGCGGGUGAGAAGGAAAUUCUCCCGCGAUUCGCGAACGGGGCGGAAUCGGCACAAAAUGUGGCCAGCUGCAUCGCGACGAACUUCGCCUCCCUUCUCCAACAGGAGGCAGCCCUGAAGCUGUGCAUCAUCACCGGGGCCGGCUGGGUCCAGAGCGGCCAGCUCUCCCAGACGAACAUCCUCAGCUCCUUCGCCGUCACCUCCGCCACAGUCGAGUCUUACAGGGCGAAAAAUGAAAAUGCGAUCUCCUUCCUUCAGUUCACCACAGCAGUUACUGACUGCGUGACCACCGCCAACGCCGUGACUGGUGACGCCGCAACAAAGGACCAGAAUUGA